GAGAGACAGAGAAGCGACAGACGGAAGGGGCGGCAGCCGGAGGAAGAGUCACAACGAAAGGAUCAGUAAGGCAAUCUUCUGAGAACGACAGAUCCAGAGACACAGAAAACAGAGGAGAAGACGGAGCCAGAGGUCAACCCCUUCCUUAUCGAUGAAAGAAGCCAUGCCAGUCCUCUCUGCAGGAGCAGGGUUGCACGAGACGCUUGCCCUGCUGACCUCACAGCUGCGUCCAGAUGCCAAUCACAAAGAGGACAUGGUCUUCCUCAAGGAUGUCUUCAGUGAGAGAAGUCUCAGCUACCUAAUGAAGAUCCAUGAGAAGUUGCGUCAGUAUGAAAGGCAGAGCCCCACCCCAGUUCUCCACAGUGCCUCCACUCUGGCUGAGGAUGUGGUAGAGGAGUUGCAAAGUGGGCCGAUGAGUGUUGAGGAAAAAGAACUGCUACACUUGCUGACAUCACCUCAUCUCAAGGCGGUUUUGUCAGUUCAUGACACGGUGGCGCAGAAGAACUUUGACCCUGUGCUGCCUCCUCUUCCCGAUGACUUUGAGGAUGAACUAGAUGAGGACUCUGUGAAGAUAGUCCGCCUUGUCAAAAACAAAGAGCCACUGGGUGCCACAAUUCGGCGGGAUGAGUCCACCGGGGCCGUGAUUGUGGCUCGGAUCAUGAAAGGCGGGGCUGCAGACAGGAGUGGUCUGGUGCAUGUCGGUGAUGAACUGAGAGAAGUCAAUGGCAGCUCUGUAAUGCACAAGAGACCAGAUGAGAUCAGUCAACUACUGUCUCAAUCACAAGGCUCUAUCACAUUGAAGAUCAUCCCAGCAAUCAAAGAGGAGGACAGGCUGAAAGAAAGCAAGGUCUACAUGCAGGCACUGUUUGAUUACACUCCAUUGGAGGACAAAGCCACGCCAUGUCAGGAGGCAGGGCUUCCGUUUAAACGCGGAGACGUCCUGCAGGUGGUCAGUCAGGAUGAUCAGACGUGGUGGCAGGCCAAGAGAGUGGGAGAUUGCAGCCUGCGUGCAGGACUCAUCCCAUCCAAACAUUUUCAGGAGAGGCGGUUAGCCUUCAGAAUAAAAAUGGGCACUCUUCAAAACUCCAAGUCUCCCCAAAAAACUGUCUAUGACCAAGGAUGUGAUAAAGAAGACUGUGACUGUGAGGGCUAUUUCAAUGGACAGUACAUAGUCUCUUCGAAGUGUAAUGCAGUGGCUCCCUCCUGUGGCCAGGUGUUUUCCUGGGAGUUUUACUCAGCCGGUUUAAGGAGAAGUUUCCGUCUAAGUCGGAAGGACCGUCGUGGUUCUUCGGGAGAGGCCAAUGUUUCUGACCAGAAUGACACAGAGUUCCUGACCUAUGAGGAAGUGACACGUUAUCAGCAGAGCCCCAAUGAGAGACCCCGAUUAGUAGUUCUCAUUGGUUCUCUGGGAGCACGUAUCAAUGAGCUGAAGCAAAAGGUCAUUGCAGAAAAUCCCCAUCGCUACGCUGUGGCUGUGCCCCACACCACACGGCCCAAAAAGAGCCAUGAGAAGGAGGGAGUGGAGUACCACUUUGUGACUAAGCAGGCCUUUGAUGCAGAUGCACAGAAUAACAAAUUUAUAGAGUACGGAGAGUAUAAGGAGAAUCUGUAUGGGACCAGUAUAGAGGCCAUUCGCUCCGUUCAAGCCAAGAACAAGAUGUGUCUGGUAGAUGUACAGCCUGAGGCUCUGAAGGCUCUGCGGACAGCCGAAUUCAAGCCUUAUGUCAUUUUCGUAACACCGAGAAUCCCGGAGAGUCGCAGACGCCGCAGUGCCGGCACCUCGCCAGGUGGAGGUGAACAUGGGCGAAUCACAGAGGAGGAGCUGCAGGAAAUGCGUCUGUCUGCACAGCAGAUAGAUCAACAAUAUGGUCAUCUAGUGGAUCGGGUCCUGAUUAAGGAGGACACUGCCAGUGCCUGUGCAGAACUACGUAGCAUCCUGGAAAGACUGGAGCGGGAGACCUUCUGGGUUCCUAUGAGCUGGGUCAAGGCUUAGCUAAAUUUCAGACUGUUGACCAAGUAGAAGUCCACUGAUGGCUUCUUUUCCUCCAUACGGUGCAGUCGGAUUGCACACGUCCUCCUUGGCCUGGAUUCUUUCAGCCAUCCGUUAUCGGUAAAGGAAGGUAGAGGUCUGUGCAGAACGGAUUUUUCAAUCCCGCCAACACCCGCCAAAAAAAUGAUAUAUUUGAUUCCGCUCCCGCCCAAAACUUUCACGUUUUGCCCUGUUCCCACAAACCAAAAGCCCGUAGGAAGAGGUCUAAUUGGAUUUCUCAGUCCUUGUCUGGAUAGAAUCGGUCUUGUUCUGGUGUUGCUCACAAACACAAUGCUUCAGAUCUCCAGAAUUGUGCGUGCUGUUAUUAUUAGAUAAUCAUAUUUUGUUGAUCUUGGAACAACAUUAUUAGACAAAAAUUAAAUCCUAACCAUAUCCCUACCCCUAAACCUAUAGAUAUCCCUAAAAUCAGAAGGAAAUGAUAGGUGAAUAACACUGAUGUAGAAGCACCUUACCCUGGUUGAAAGUCCAAACAUGGCACAAACUGACAUUUUGUCUCUCAAGUCUAAUUGGUUGAUUAGAACGUUGCUCCAGGAUCAACAAAGAUGUCUAUCCAGGAACAUGUUGUUGCAAUUAGUGAAAUCCGGUUGUGCCACAUAGCAGUAUCUUUACGCCCUCACGCAUUCGGCAAUUUAAAACUUGCCCCGGGCUGCACUGUUGCGUAGGGUUCCGUAUACCUCUUAGGGAAAGCAUAAAGAGACUUAAAGAGGGGAACAGGCCAUUGAGGGUGUCUGUUUGGAUACAGAUUUUGUUUUCAGGCUGGGACAUGCAGGCACAUAAGCACUUCUAUAAUUUAUUUUUUUAAUGACUUUAGUUAUUUAUUAUUUGCCUUGUUGUGUCAUUUGAUACUUUGUGGUUUCCUUAUGUUAUUUAAAGAGUUGCAGUAGACUGUUCAUUAAAGCAAUACUUCAGUUGUGAACAGAUUAUAUUUUCAGAAAGGUAUUAAAUAUGGUUUCCAAGUCCACUUUUGGCCAUAGCAAGUGGGAAAUGUGCAGAUUGAACUGUGUAUUUUUCUGCAAUGCACAGUAAGCCUUUCCCACGCACACCCAUGCAGAGACUCAUUGAGCAACUGUAACUACUUCAGGUUUGAAAUCAUUUGAAGUUUUAAUUUCAUAAAGUGUUGCCUGUCAGACUUCGCUGUCUAAUGAAUCACAGAAAUCGGGUUCUUUUUGAAGAACACGAUUGAUCAAUGUUUUAACAGGAAAAUGUUAAACUCUUGCUGUGCCAACAACUGUCUCAAUACACCAAGCUUUUCUUCUCAAAGAUUUUCUUCAUUCGGAGGGUUAUAAAAUACCACGCCAAAGCACUUAAGCUACACAUCAUCCAUGUAAAUAUGUAACUAAGCGUUCUGGAGUUUAGGUUUGUUAGGUGUAGAUGAACCAAGACAGUGUUGAGUUGACACGGUAAUACACAGGCCCUUUAUUUUAAACCAGGCUUUUAAGGCGUCCUUGUUACAAUGUAAUUAUAC